AUGAGAGAUACAACUGAAGGAGAUGAAACUAAAGGUACUAAGAUGGCUUCUAGAUAUGCUUCUUCAAUCUUACCAAAUUUAUCGGCUUUAGGUGCAGAUGCAAAUAUAGUAUGGUUUUGUUGUUCUACAAUCAAUUCUCAGCAUUUAGCUACACCUGGUUUUAUUGAAACUUUCAUUUCAAUUCAAAUCGGCUCGACUUCUACUACACCUACAUCAAAAUCAUCUGUUAAAUCAAAAGUUUUGGCUGGUAAAGAAUUAGCUAUCGUUUAUGAUUUAGCUAGUUCGGCCACGGCACGGUUAAUUUAA